CGCUGUGCAGGACAAUUCGUGGAAAAACCUCGUGCGCUCCGCUUACCACCGCAGUCGUGUAGUUAUUGCGAUCGUCGUCGUCGCUAUAGUUUUCGUCCGUCGUGCCAUAUCCGAUAAUCGUCGUCGUCGUCGUCGUCACCGUAGAUCCGAUCGAAUCGAACAUCAAGUUAUAUUAUUAUCCUCAACAAUGUCGAGAUUAGCUGCAGUCAUAUUCGCGGUGGCGAUCGCGUCCUCGGCGGUAGCGGCUGAACGGCCCGAAGCCCGCAAGAUCGAUACCGGUCUCGGAGAUUUCAAAGUGGUGUUCAAAGUGUUUCAGGACUGUUCAAAGGCGCAAUUCGGACCGUGUCUCAAGCACAAGUUGUUGACAGCCCUCGACCGGAUCAGCGAACAACCGGAAAUGGAAUUGUUCGAUGGCGUCCGAUUAGUCAAAGACCCGGCUGUCGCUCUGAACGACGUUGCCCAUGACAUAUCCUCGGCCAGGUCCGCCGGUGAUGACGAAACGGCCAGCCUGGACACGCUGGUUGUUGACAGAGUGGUGAACUUUUUCAAAAGCCGCAGCCUCCAGUUCAAACUUCUCGACAACGAACCCAGAGAAAUGGCCGAUGGUCGCAAGAAGAGCAACAAGUACAACUCGAUGCUCAUGUACCCGUUCAUGAUGGGCGGCAUGACCAUACCGCUGGCGUUCGGCGUGCUCGCCCUGUUGGCCGGCAAGGCCCUGAUCAUCGCCAAGCUGGCGCUUGCCCUGUCCGCCAUCGUGGGCCUGAAAAAGCUGUUCGGCGACCAGGGGGGCAGCAGCCACGAGCACAUCACGUACGGUGGCAGCGGUGGCCACUACCGCCGGAGCCUGCCCGGCGAACCGGUGGCCGCGUCCAACAUGGCGUACAGCUCGUACAUGCCCGUCUACGAGGAGCCCAUCCGGAGCACCACGACCAACGCGAUCCCCAUGCGAUGAACGGCGGAACACGAUCCACGACCACCGACUACGUGACAAUACGAUGAUACGUAUAACAUAACAUUUACAUCAUAUUGUUAUUGUUAUUGUUAUUGUUAUUAGUAUUUUAUUUACGGAAGUCGAUGGUCAUAAUAUUAUAUUUAUUGACGGAUGGUAUACUGCACUAAUUGCGAUGGUAUACCAUUUUUAUAUUAUUUAAUUAGCAUUAUUAUUAUGAUUAGGUAUAUUAAUAUUAUUAAUAUUGUUAUUGUAUUAUUUAUUUUGAAUCGAAUAAAUUUGAUCCGCCUCUA